UGGAGCCCACAGCCAACUUCGCGUAGUUGAUGUGGUCAUUCGCAGCCAACUUUGCGCGCAAAACAGCUGUUUAUGUGGUGAAAACGAAUCAGCGAUACUGUUUCACAUUCGUAAAAUGGCGUCGGAGGUAGCGGUUGAACAACAAGACCAAGAAUUUGCAGUCAAACAAUUCAUUGAACUCUGCAACAAUUUGGGCGCAAACUGCAGCACAGCGACCUCAACCGGAACAGCAGCUGGCGCAGCAGCCGCAGCCGCCGCCUCCUCAUCGAGCAACUCCUCGAACGCCAGCACAUCCAACUUCCACAUCACCAUAAAUUCAACCAACAACACACAUCAACAGCAGUCGCAGUCACAGCUACAGCAAAUUGUUGCUCCAGAAACACAGAUACAGACAACAUUGGGUGGAGGAGGAGGUGGAGGAGGAGGAGGAGCAUUGUCAUCAUCAUCAUCGUCAUCGUUGCCCAUCAGGCGUCACAUCUCGCACACGACAGCCGUCAAGUUUCUGUACGCCCGUAAGUUUGACAUCCAACGGGCCGUAUCGCUAUACGAGCAGCAUGAACAGAUUCGCCAGCGGGAAUACUUGUACAACAUCGAUGCCGAUGUGGAGCCACUGCGCUCCGAGCUGCAAACUGGCAAAUUUACCAUACUGCCGGCACGCACAUCGAGCGGAGCGGCAAUUGCGCUCUUUACGGCCAAUCGACACAGUCCGCUGAGCGCCUCGCACACAACAACGCUACAGGGUAUCGUGUAUCAGUUGGACUGUGCGCUGCAGGAUACGGACACGCAGCGUGCGGGACUUGUGUUCAUCUAUGACAUGAGUGGCUCGAAGUAUUCCAAUUUUGAUUAUGAUCUGUCGCAAAAGAUACUCACACUGCUGAAGGGUGGCUAUCCGGCGCGUUUGAAGAAAGUGCUGAUCGUGACGGCGCCGCUGUGGUUCAAGGCGCCAUUCAAGAUCCUCCGCCUGUUUGUGCGCGAGAAGCUACGCGAGCGAGUGUUCACCGUAUCGGUGCCGCAGCUGAGUCUGCACGUGCCGCGCAAGGCGCUGCCAGUGCAUCUUGGCGGCACGCUGGAAAUCGAUCACGCCACAUGGUUGCUAAAUUGCCGCAAAUCGAUGACGAAUCGUGAAGACGAACUGCUUGCCAAUCUCGUGGGUGUCGCUGGUGUUGCAGCUGCCACAGCGACAGCGACGACAGCAACGCCGCUAAGCAACGGCGGCAGCAACAGCGGCAGCAACAACGCUGCAGCAGCAACAACCAUUAUCAGUGCUGUGCAUCAGCUGAGCGAUAGCAACACAACCGUGGUCACAGUCAGCGGUGGUGCAGCUGCUGUGGCUGCUGGUGGCGACGGAGGAGCAGCCACCGGUUCAGCGGCAACUGGCACACAACAGCAACAGCAGCAACAGCAACUGAUUAACACCGAGUCAACGGAACCCAACGAGAACAUCACAAUCAACGGACUGAGUCCCAGUCAUCGGACCGCUAACAAUACGCUGCUCAAGCUCAACACCAGCGGCAUUCAGCAACAGAACGGCACAUCAGCUGCCGCUGGAGCAGGAGGAGACAUUGCCACAACAACAGCAACAUCGACAACAACAACAACAACAGCAGCAGCAGCCACAACAGCAACAACGACGACGACAACGACGUCGGGCGGUGUGGCAGCUGCUGGCGGAGGAGUUGGAGUUGCUGUGAAUGGAAGUGCCGCCGGUGUCGGUGAUUUGUGGUCUGAGAAUCCGCCAAGCAGUGCCUCAUCCGGUUUCAGUGACGACGACAGUCUGGCCGGCCAAGAGGGUGAUCCCAAGACGCUCGAUCAGAUUGUGCAAAUGGUCAAGGAGCGGCGACGUCAGGGCCUAAUUAAGGAGUACUUGGAUAUACGAAAUCGGGCACCCGAAGGCACUUUCCUCCAUGCGCGCAUGCGCAACAAUUUGACCAAAAAUCGUUAUACAGAUGUCCUGUGCUACGAUCACAGUCGUGUGGUCCUGGCGCGCGAGGAUGAAGACGAGCUGUCCGAUUACAUCAAUGCGAAUUUUGUCGAUGGCUAUAAACAGAAGAAUGCAUAUAUUUCAACUCAAGGUCCAUUACCAAAGACAUCCCAGGACUUUUGGCGCAUGAUCUGGGAACAACAUUGCUUAGUUAUAGUUAUGACAACGCGCGUCAUGGAACGCGGACGUGUUAAAUGCGGCCAAUACUGGGAGCCGACUGAAGAUAGUUCCUUAGAGUUUGGAAAUUACCAUGUGCGAACAAUUAGCGUCGAGUGCAACGAGGAUUACACAGUUGCCUCACUAGAAUUGAGAAACCUAAAGACUGACGAAAUUCGCAAUGUGUCACAUUGGCAGUUCACCAGCUGGCCGGACUACGGCGUGCCCAGCUCAGCCAUGGCGAUGUUGAACUUCCUGCAGAAGGUGCGCGACAAGCAGGCGCAGCUGGUGCGUGCUCUGGGCGAUACUUGGGCUGGUCAUGUGCGUGGUCCACCUAUUGUGGUCCACUGCAGUGCUGGAAUUGGACGCACAGGCACCUUCAUCACGCUGGACAUUUGCAUAUCGCGUCUGGAGGAUGUGGGCACGGCGGAUAUACGCGGCACCGUGGAGAAAAUACGUUCGCAACGCGCCUACUCCAUCCAAAUGCCGGAUCAAUAUGUGUUCUGCCAUCUGGCGCUCAUCGAGUACGCGCAUUCGCGUGGCAUGCUGCAGGCUGUCGAUUUGGCGGGCUUCGAUGAACGGGAACAGGACUCCGAAUAGGCAGCAACCUCAACCACACCAACAGCAAACAGCAACAGCAACCACAACAACAAACAGCAUCCACACUUCCACAACCAAACAUACACAUUACAAAAAUGAAAUAACAAAAUCAUCAACAAUAUAUGAAAAAAAAAUAAGAAGCAGCAGCAGCCACACAACAAAUACAAAUUGUAUACAGAUUAAUUCUAUGAUUGUCCCCCAUAUUUUUUGGUUAUAUAUAUAUAUUACUAUAUUUUGUUUUUUUCGUUUCUGAAUUAUGAUUUUACGCCGAGGAAUUUGAGAAAUUGUAAUUUUCUUUUUGUUUGUAUUGAAUGUGCGAUUUCGUUUAUGCUAAUCAUAAUCAUAUAUAUUAAAAUAUAUACCUUUUUUUUUUUGCUAUUUUUAAAACACACCAACAACCACAUUUAUAUAAAAACUUUAUAUAUAUACUAGCGAUAUUUGAAAUGAAAGAGAGAGAGAGAGAGCGAGAAAGCGAGCGCGAACAUGAACGAGAGAGAUAGAGAAAGAAAAAGUUUAGCAAUGUUUUAUGUAAGCGGCUGGUAAAUUGUAAAUUUGACUAUUUUCUGUAUGUUUAUUAUUAUUAUUAUUAUUAUUACUAUAUUAUUAUAUUAUAUUAUAAUUACUAUUAUUAUUAUUUAUGUGAAAUGAAUUGAAUGUGUAGCUGCAAAACUGAGAGAGCAACUGUUAAAUUGCUAACGAUUUUCUAUAUAAUAUGCAUGUGUGUGAACACACACACACUCCAUUUGCUUACACCACAAACACACACACACACACAUACAUGCAUACAUGUAUAUGUAUUUGUAUUUAUACCAAGAUUUUUUUGUAAUGUACGUAAUUAAUAUUUAAAGUGAAUUUUUUAUAUACUACGAUCAUUUCAUGAUUGCAAUAAUCUUUAUAUACAUUUUUUUUUAAAGCCCAAUUUCCCCUUCCCCGCAAACCAAACCCCCCUUGACCCAUUCUGUUCCCACUCCAAUUAACAAGAAUUGUAAUUGUAAUGUAAAUUUAUUUAAAUUAAAUUAAUAUUGAAAAAGGAACAAACAAAUUAAAAACAAAAAAACAAACAAGAAAACUAGAUAAACAAAAAUAAUAUACAAAAUAUAAAAAAAGAGCAGCAUUAUGCAAGAAAAAAAUAAAAUGCGAACAAAAAACGAGAGAAAAAAUCAAAUAAAUAACAACAUGCUAAAACAAACAAUGUUUAAUUAACACAACAGCCUGACAAAAGUUAACUACAAAUGAAACAAAAUUAUGAAAUAUGUUAACACAAUGAAAGAGAAAAUGAAUUAAAUGACGCUUAGAGAGAAACCGCGGUAAAAGUACAACGAAAGAGACGCAAGGCAAGGAGGAAGAGGAAGAGUACGAAAGAGAAGAGAAACCAGCACAGUCAGAAUAAAUUCCAAUAGCAGAAAGAAAAAAACACACAAAAACACAAGUUGAUACCGUCCGGUGUAACGGUAGCGGAUAAGGAAGCAAAGAAGAAGAAGAAAAUGUAAGUGAAUGUGGAAAUGACGUCAAUAAAUAAAUAAAUGAAAUUACAAAUUAGGCGACAUGAUGACAAAACCGUUUAGCAAAAAUAUUUAUUGUAUAUCGAGAUCAGUUUCCAUUUCAUUUCGUAUUUUAAUUAGUUUCCAUAAAAAAGUUACAAGUAAUAAACAAAAAUAUACAAAUAAUAAUAAUAAUAAUAUUUGUGCAAAUUGAUGCAAAUUUCCUACAAUCAACUACAAAACAGACAGAUAACUAAUUAGUUACAUAGCAUUAUCAGUAUAUACAUACAUAUAUACGAGAAUACAUAUUAUAUGUCAGGCAUUCAUACAUACAAUACAAUACGAUACAAUACAAUACGUACAUACAUACAUAGUAUAUUAUUAUUAUAUAUUAUAUAGGCAUUGUUGACAAAUAGCCCAAGAAAACGCCGCUAAAUUAUUUUCCCAGCUAUUUUCCGAACCUGCCCCGCCCCCCGCCCGAAAUCGUUGCCGCUAUAUAACUUGUACCGUAAUGAAGUAACCCCACCAGCAAAAAAGUCUCCACAAAACUAGAGAACCAAACAAUUCGAUCCUCGUAUCGCUUUCGAACAAAAAUGGAACAACGUUAAACGUAAGAUGAUGAUGAUGAUGAUGAUGAUAAACAAGAAUUAAAACCGUCGUACUAGCUGUUGAAUGUUAUUAAAUGUCGUUUCCCUUUUGUUAUCACAUUUAUCAUUUUUCAUUUUUAUAGACAUUUUCUUUUUAAAGUUCUUUUUGUUAGAGGAAAAUUAACGUGUACAUGUAGUGGAAUUUUACUAAAACUUUUUACUAAGUAAACAAUGUAAAAAAAUAAAUGAAUAAACACAAACAAAAAGUCGCUCAGCAUAUGGACGGACGCAAAAACAUAAAAACAAGACGAUGACAUGCCUUCUUUUCAUGAUUAUCAUAUGCCAGGCGAAACUAAAAACUAAAAUCAACAUAUUUUGUAUUACCUUUUUAAAUACUAUAUAAAAAAGAAAAGAAAAACGAAAAAUGAGAAAAAAAAAACCAAAAAAGAUAAAUAGAAAUUUAAUAUUUAGUUGUUGUGUGUAGCGAGGUAAAUCCAUUAACUAGCAGCUUUCAUAACAACAAACAUAAAACAUAAACAAUCGCGAGUUGCAGCGCGUGUUUCGAAUUCCGCAAUCGCUUGCGAAAUUGAAGCGAAUGUGGAAUUGGGAACACGCUCGCUUCCCAGUUUGUGCAUAUUUGUAAAAGUCGAAAAAAGUAUUAUAAAUAUAUAAGUAUGUAAUUGCGAUAUGUCAAGAGAGAAGGAUCCAUAUACGAUUUUUCUUAAGUGUGCUCACACACACACACACACAUACAGACAGACAGACAGACACAUGUAUAACAGUAUUUUUGGUGCGAAUUUAGUCAAAGAAACACACACACACAUUUACUUUGUUGGCCACACUCACACACAUACAUACAUACAUACAUUUGUAUAUCAUUAGAAUUGUAAAAGCUGUGAUCAACAUAAUGAAAAAUGAAUGAAAGUAAAACAAAUGAUAGACCUAACCUAAAAAAAAAAAACGAAAAGAAAAGAAGAAAUAUGAAAGCAAAAACAUUCUCCCGCUUGCACAAUUAGUCACACAAUAAAUUAAUCAAGUUUAAAUACAAAUGGAAUCAAAUUUAUACAUCGUGUAAUUGAAAUCAAGUCAAGUAUAAAAAGCAUAAAACUUUUCAUGUUUUUUUUUUCCCAAAAAAAAGAAGAUGAAUGCAAAAUAUUAUAAUCUAUUCAAAAUUCGAAAUAAUGCUCUAUUUUUGUAAUGCUUGAGAUGGAAACAUGAAAUCAAAUCAAUGAAUGAAUUACAUACAAAAACAACACAUUUACAUUUACAUAUACAUAAGUGGUACAUACAUACAUACAAUACAUGGGGUCAAUGUCAAUAUUUUUCGUAGCCUCCCCCCGCCCCCGCUGGGGAGUUGGAAAUUAAGCGAAAACAAAGAGAAUUUAUUUAAACCAACCAAGACGUACAUGGAUAUAUGUAUGUGUAUGUAUAUGAUAUACAUAUAGUACAUACUUAUUAUUAUACCUUUAGCAAAAUUUCUUCAAGUGUAUAAUGUACAAUUAGCUAGCGUUACAUACAGACGAACAAACAGGCAACAGGCAUUUUUUUCAUUAGCAUUUAAGCAUCCCAAAUGUUGCAUAUGCUUUCUGAAAGCUUUGCUGCGCUUGCAGAAGACAUUCACACACACACACACACACACACACUUAGACAGAUACAGAUACAUUUACAGAAAAGCCCACCCAAACUCUGCGCACCUAACACAAUAACAAUGAAAUGGAUUAUGUAAAGCUCCUAUGUUGAUAAACGAAAAAAAAGAAAUUACCUUAAAAUAGACCAGUGUGUUAUGUCUAUUAUAAUUAAUAAUCACAAUCUUUCUCUCACUCUUCUAACCUAUCCUAAAAAACGAACAUAAAUACAUACAUGAUACUAGUUACUCACAUACAACACUAGCACUUCCAUUCUCCCAGCUCAAGACUCUGUACAUACUUACAAAUAAACGUAAAAAAACAAAAACAAAAAAAAAUACAUAAAUAAUAAACCUAUAUUGUAUAUUCAUAUACAUAGGAAGAA